AUGGAUAUGGACUUGCGGGCCUUUUUGUUGAAUCAUCCAGCUGGUAUCGAACCUCAAAUGGUCAAAAAUUUGAUGCGUCAGUUAUGUGAAGGACUCACGUACUGCCACGUACGUCGAAUAGUGCAUCGUGAUCUCAAGCCACAAAACAUAUUGGUCUCAAGUGAUGGCAAGUUGAAAAUCGCGGACUUCGGACUCGCCCGAAUGAUGGGUCUGCCUAAUAAGGCAUACACGCACGAAGUGGUGACGUUGUGGUAUCGAGCGCCAGAAAUUUUAUUGAAUUUCAAGUAUUACACCACGGCUGUGGACAUGUGGGCAACUGGCUGCAUUUUUGCGGAACUGAAGCUGUUGUCCAAAAGGGACGAUAUUAGCGGACUCGUUGGUACUGUGCCGCCAUCGCGGCAAGAAAGACCACCCGUGAAGGUUCCUUCGAAACAUAUUAUUCCAGCUGAAGCCAUCGUUGUGAACAAAGAGCUUGGUACUGGAGAAUUCGGCGUGGUUCAACAAGGCAUUUGGACGAACGAGGAAGGCGACCGGAUCCAAGUGGCCAUCAAGUGUUUGAGCAAAGAACGAAUGCAAGCUAAUCCCCUGGAUUUUCUCAAAGAGGCAGCCAUUAUGCACGGAAUCGAUCAUGAACACAUAGUGCGGCUUUAUGGUGUGGUUUUGGAUACAGAUGCUCUCAUGUUGGUUACAGAGUUGGCUCCGCUCCGAUCUUUGCUUGAAUGUCUGAAGGAACCUGCGCUGCGACCAUCAUUCACCGUGAUAACCCUUUGCGAUUUUGCAAUUCAGAUCUGCGAUGGGAUGUCUUACCUCGAGUCGAAGCGACUCAUUCACAGGGAUCUGGCUGCGAGGAACAUUUUAGUUUUCUCCAAAAACAAAGUGAAAAUUUCCGACUUCGGAUUGAGCAGAGCACUGGGAGUCGGGAAAGAUUAUUACCAAACGAAUUUCAACGUCAACUUGAAACUUCCGAUUGCAUGGUGCGCGCCGGAAAGCAUAAAUUACCUGCGUUUUACAUCCGCCUCAGACGUGUGGGCGUACGGAGUUACUUUGUGGGAAAUGUUUUCGUAUGGCUUCCAACCUUGGGCUGCUCUUACUGGCCAGCAAAUUCUGGAGGCGAUUGAUAGCCCGAAUUUCCAGAGGCUGGAACAACCGGAGCAUUGCCCUCGAGAGUAUUAUUCGGUGAUGAUGAAGUGUUGGCAACACGACGCCAACAAGAGACCGAGUUUUGAGAACUUACUGACGCUGUUGCCUGAGUGUAAACCGGAACAGGUUGAGGCAAUUCAAGAUUGUCCUGACAUGGCGAUGCGAGACGCGUUGCCUUACCGAGCCCGAGACGUGAUCACGGUUUUGGAUAAAAAGCCUGCGGACACAGCUGGUGUGUGGAAAGGUGUUCUUGCGAAUGGGAAAACAGGAUUAUUCAACGCUGUGCACACUGUUACCUAUCUUGGAACAAAAGUCCCAUCUAGCGCCAAUUUGAGACACUCAUUCAAUCGAGGAGAUGGGAAAAACGGCUAUUCUUCAAAGCGGAAAUUGCGACCAGAAAUGAUCAGCUGUCCGCAGGGCGACCUGCGACACACUGGUCACGUUGGCGUCGACGGCGCCUUUUUCGGGGACGUUCCGCGCCAGGUUUUGCCGGCUGGGCGUCCGAUUGGGGAUGGAAACGCGGUGCGUGAGAGGCGACCGACGGCCAAUGGCAGUGGACAUACUAUCGACGACUACGACGGCAGUGGUGGUGGUGGCGGCGGCGGUGGCAGCAUUUCGGGUCGUCAUUCGGUCUUAGGCGCCGUAGGCGGUUUUGCCAGCUCUAGUUCUUUGCUUGAUCCGCCGUCCACGCCCGCGUCGCCGGUUGACUGUUCCGCCAGUGCGCUUACGCGGGCGCCGUCGGACUUGUCGUCUGAUAGAGCUCCGUUGCUGACACCAAGAACCCCAGUCGACUCAAAACCACCUCUUAAUGGCGAAGUGAUGUGGGGAGGAACAUUGCCAGCGACCAGGCCGACGGAUUUUGGAAAGAAAAUUGACAACAGGCGGGUUUCAACGUUGGGGAAAUCGGAGUCGAGGGUUCCUGGACGACAAGGCUCAGGGCCUAGCUCUUUGCCCGUGGGCACUCAUGAAUAUCACGAGAUUUCUGACGAAGAAGCUGCCGGAAACUGUGGCUAUUUCUACACUAACGGUGGAAGUGGUUCCCAGCCCCUGGAAAGUCCUGCUUUUGAAUCAUCGUUUGACCUCGGAGUGAGUCUGAUGGAUGAAGUGAUGAAGGCACUAAAAGCCUCGUCCGUAUCUGCAAGACCCGAAGAAUCUUCCGGCACGGUAGACAGUUCUCAUCCACCAGAAACCCCCAAUGAAGCUCACAAUGCCCGCAAUGAGCUUCGUGAGCUUGAAAACAACCGCGUUAUGGGCACCGAGAAGAAAAAGCAGCAAGCCACGGUGAAACCCAUUUCAAGCUCUGAUCAUAAAAAGCUAGAAUCCGCCAUCACGAUGACAAAGGAAUUGGCGAGUCGGUCGAUGCAGGAACUCGCCAUGUUGGAAUCUGACGGGUCACCAUCGCCCUCGCCUGGGGUCAGUCCGAGCAAUCGAAAAGGAAAGGGAUUCUCUUUCAAGUUCCCCGCGGGGUUUCCCGCGAAGAGCCAGAAUCAAGUGGCAAAUGGUCGGUCGCAGCAUCAUCAUCACCACCAUCAUCAUCAGAGCAAUAACGGGUCAACCAAUGACUUACAGGAAACUCUGUCGGAGGACGCAAAGGAGGCAUACAACGCACUAGUCGAACAGCGGUCGGGCUCGAUCUUCAAAUCCCAUGCGGGACCGACGACGUCGUCCACGAUGACGAGCGCGAGUGCCGUUGGAGUCGUACAUCCACGCCGCAACAUGGAGCGAACUUCGAACAACGAUUCGAUGGUCAGUAGCAAAACUAGGGGCGGCACAGACGUGGACGGGGAUGAUGGGGACGCUCGAGAAGAUGACAAUCCAUUGCGGCGACUACGGACCGGGGCUGCCUUUGUGGUGCCCAAGAUCCGCGGAAACAAGCAUGCGACGACGGCGUCGACGUUCGGCGUUCCAGGAGGAUUGCGUACCUUGGAUAGGAGCGGUUCUUCGUCGUCGACAUCGUCCUAUUCGUCUGUGAGCAAGCCUCGACCGGCGCCGCUGCGGAUCACCAACUCAAAUUUCGACGCGAAACCGGAGCGGAUAGGCAGCAUGUACGAUGCUCCGCCGCCAGUGCCAAUAAGGGACGCCAGGACGACUUUGAGUGUCCUGGAGGACAAACCGCGACAUCAACGGAAACAUCCGUUGGUCAUGCCGCUGGAAGACAGUAGCUGUCUGGGAAUGGGCGGAAUCCAAGUUGCGCCGGUGAAGCCAACGAGAAGUUUCAAUACCCAUGACGAGAGCUUCGAGUCACAAAUAGCUGCCGAACUAGACUCUUUGGACCGACUCCCAGACUCGGUGUCCAACGAAGACGAGCAGCACUCGAACAUGAAUGGGAAGGUGCAAAGAUUGUCCCGCGACUUGUCGCCGUUCGAGGAGACCACGCGUGGUCUCACGGCGCCACUGGCGAGGUCCGACUCGAGAGACGAGUUCCUGGAUUUCAGCCAAGACUCCAACGAUUCGACGGACUCGUCCAAGACCCGUGGGAAAGUCUGUGGCACCCAAUCGGACGAGGCGUCGUCUGAAGAAUGUUUGGAGUGGCUGAACGCGACGGAAUGGGACGUGCAUCAGGCCAUCAAGCUGGGAAAGAUGUCGCUAGCUCUGCGUCAAGAAGCAGACAAUCUCCGGGUCCAUGGCCGCGGAGAUUUCCGGGUUGCUCGUCAGGCCCUGGCCGUUUGCGACUGGGACGUUCACCGGGCAGUGACUUACCUCCGGGCCACUCUCGGACCCGACGCAGAUGUCGCGACCGUCUGAGAUAAGCGUGGACCAACCAGCAGCACGUCCUUUUUUUUUCUGCGGGAUCAUGAGGAAAUUCCACCUGAUUUUUUUCCUGGGAUUCAAACUUGGGCCGAGUUCAAGUCUAAAGAUGGCUCCCAAUUGCGUCACGAUUGCAGCUGUAGAGUGGCACCUUGAUACUGCUGGUCCUUAUCCGUUCUUGGUAGCCAAGUUGAUUAUUCAAAAAGUCAAACAAACCAAGUACUGUAAUCCAAAGUUAUAUCCAAUGGCUAUUCGGUCCCGAACUCCCGAAAACUCCCUUCAGUUUUAAAUGUUAGGAUGAUGGAAAGCCUAAUCUGCUCCGGAUUCCGUGGUAAUUUCGUCCAUGAAUAUUUGUAUGUCACUGAAAAAACUGUGUUCAGCGUAAAGUAUUAUAAAAUACCUAGAAUAUGAAAAAGACUCGAAAUAAAAAUAAAGCAGCUCUCGACAUUAUCGAAAAUAUUGAAAAAGAUUAAACCGCUUUUAACGAAAUGCUGGUCGUCGUAUGUCCAGCAGCAAUGUCGAUUUUUUUGAAAGACAAAUCAAUUUUCAUUCAGUCUAUUCUCCAAAGCAGAGUUCACUAUACGGAGCAAAAAAUCGGAGGUAGCUCAAUUCAAUUUUGUGAAGUGUCCAUUAUCCGGGGUAAAUUUAUACUUGCAUUUCAAAGUAAAAUAUCAAAACAACCUUCUUUUUUUCUUCAGAAAUUUCUGCUUAUACAGAUUCAAGAAGCAGAAAGGCUCAAAUUUUUUGAAAUUAGUAAUUUUCGAACCUCUGUGAGCGUAGCUGGAAUGGAAGAUGCAGAAACGACUAAGAAUUUUUCUUUACGUAUUCAUACAUAUUCAGGUCAUCAUAUUUGAGCAUGCUGGAAACCACCCAAUAUCUUACUGCCUCACAUCUUGUCAAAACUAUCCGAAUGGCUUCAAUCUAAAAUGCACUACUCUCUUUUACAUUCCCUUGAAAUCACAUUAUUUGGUCAAUAAAAUAUGAGCAAAACUCAUGUGACAACAGUUUUUCGUAUGCUUGCAUACACAUGGUUAGGUUGAAAAAUUUAGAGUAAACCACCGAAAACUUUAGUUUCUUGUUGAACCUGUUACAAACAUUUGUUGGCCCAAGUUUGAGUUCCAUUACGCGUGAAAGAAGCAAGUAUGUAUUCCACCAGGACAUACGAUGCUAGUUUUCCCAAAUGAAUCCCCAGCCGUUUCGGUGCUACUCGUUUUGCUUGUUUUAUGUGAAUUAUCUUGGUUUUUUUAGUAGAUUUUUUUCAGAUGGUGUUCAGUUGGGGAUAAUUUCUGGACGGUGAGACUUUCUUCGUUGUAGGUGUGCUUUUUUUAAGUAUGAUGCAGGUUUUAUGAGAACAUUUGUUGCUUGUAAAAAUUUGCUUGUCUUUUCCGUCGAGAAUGGGAAAAAAAGUUGUGUUCAGAAUACUAAAACCGGAAAAGAGGAGCUGCCUGUUAUAAUCCCUGCUAGGUCAGGAUUUUUCUUUUUUUUUUUUUGCGCGUGGGGGGGAAAAAGGGAAAUGUUUUUGUUUUUUUAAGCCUGGGACUCUCUAUACUAACUCAAAGAGUGAGAUCGCCGUGGUUUGCAAUUUUUUUUAACCUCACCGUUUCUCUUUUUGGGGGGAUUUUGGCCCUUGAAAUCAUUCGCAACUUUUUUUUUCGGAGAUUCCAAGAUGCGUUAUAUCGCCGUGUUCUUUCGCUUUUUUGUUUUGGAAUUACGAGUACACUGUAGGACAGAGAUCUGGUGCAGAGAUAAACAGCUCGGCAUGCUGUUGAUAACCCGUGAAGUACAGGAUCUGAAGAAAUUCGGUAAUCAACCGAACAAUCGCAGCAGGGUUUUUAUGUUUGCGUUAGCGUGACACCCCUUCCGGGAUAUUUAGAAAUAACCGAUGAUUGCUCAAUUUUGUUUUGGUCAAACUGCAGAGCAAUCGUUUUGAGAAGCGAGCAAUUCUAAGCCUACGAUAUUUCGCUUCCUUCAUUCUCAGGGCUCAAUAGUUCUUGUUUCUUUCGAACCUGUGAUUGUUUUUAUCCUACGAAAUGUGCGAUGAAAACGCGAGGGUGACUCUAUAUUUUCCUUCGAAUAUCUGUGACUCGAGCAAUGAUUCCUUCUUGGUGUGAAAAAAUGAAAAACUUCGUCAUAUCAAAAAAUUGGAAAUUUUCGCUUUCAACUCGCUGUUCGGGAGGAUGAUGCCCGAGUGCAAUGUCUGUGCCUGGUCUGCGGUUUUUUUUUUUUUUUCAAUCUGCCUUUUUGAAAGUGUCGAUUUCGCUGUCUGUCUAUACGUGAGAAUCCUGUUUUGUUUCAUGGCCAAAAGUUCGGUGUCCCAAAGUAUGCUGUAGGUUUAGUAGAGAAAUUUGGAAUGGAACAUGAGCUGCUAAGUUGUUUUUAAAAACUGUGAGGAAUCCAGGCUUCUGUGUUUUAGGUGAUAGUGGAAUUAAAAAAUCUGGAAUGUAAUCACAAA